AUGGCGGAAGAGGAUGGCCAGACGGUCCGCCGGCUCGACGGCGACGAGGUCAUGGAGACCCUCGAGGGUCCUGUCAGGGACGACGAGGUAGGCAUCACGCGGGUGAAAGGCCGUGCGGCGAAGGACGGCGUCGAGGGUUGGGUCACGGUCUUCGGGAACGGCGGCAGCACCUUCCUCCAGGAGGGCGGCUGCACCUACGAGGCGCUGGCGGACGCGGUCCUCUCCGCCGACCUCGAGCCCGCCGCCGCGGGCGCCGAGGGAACUGUCGCGCUGAGCGCGGGCGACCUCGUCGAAGUGUUGGAGUGGGAUAGGAAAGACGAGACCACGGGCAUUGUACGCUUGCGGGUGAAGGCAAAGGGGAAGGACGGCAAAGUGGGCUGGAUCGCGAAGGCCGGCCUGAAGUUGGUGCCCCUGGCCACCAGCACCAACGGCUCCGCCUGA